AUGCAGUUCCAGUACGCGGAGAGUGGCAAUGUGGCGGCGCUGCGGACGUGGCUGCAUCAGCACCCAGAGCGUGUCAAUAUCCCCAGCGCCGGCUCCCAGUACACGUUGCUGUACACCGCCGUGUGCAGCGGCCAGCUCGCGAUGGUGCGGAUGCUCAUGGGCGAGUUCAAGGCAGACCCAGGCAUCCCAUGCGGGGGCAUCGGCAACACGCCUGUGCACGCAGCCGCACUGGCUGGCGACGUUGAUAUGUUGUCGUACCUCCUCGCGUGUGGUGCGCCGCUGCGGCCCAACGCGUUCUCGGAGUACCCGAUCGACAUGGCGAAGAUGCCGGCGCGUGGGAAGACGACGCAGCAGGAGUGCGUCAAGAUGCUGCUCGCCUACGAACAGCGGCACCAGAAGAGGGAGGAGGAGGAGGAGGAGAAGGGAGCAAUGGGGCAGGCGGCGGAUGCCCCCCGGCGGCCGCCGCCGCCGUCGCCACCACUCGUCGCGCUGCGCAACGCGAUUCAUAACCUGCGCGUCGACAGCGAUGAGGAGGAGGAGAAGGAGCGAGGCGGCGGGCAGCGGGAGUCGCCAAUGCCACCAUCGACACCCCCACUACAGCACUCUCUCGGUGGCGUCCCCAUGGGCUCUGCUGAGAACGGCUGUCGGAGCAAUGGCGCGGGGAAUCGUCACACUGUCAUGCCUCGGAACGAGUGCAAUAUCACGACGCAGUCUGUUCUGCCGUUGGAUCUUCACACGUUCCGUCGCGUCUACGGCAAUGGCUUCGAAUUCGCGGAGAGCACACACACUUACAGCGUGCGUGGGCUGCUGCCCUACACGUUCAAAGGCGUUGUCUACUACACCCCGGUGAUCCUCAUCGUGAGAAAGCCGUUGGAGGCGAAACAACAGCAGCAGCCACCGCAACAGUAUCAAAGCAGCAGUUGCAGAAGCGCUAUCGCCAACGGCUCUCCACGAUACCGUGCGCUCAUUGACCGCAAGAGACUCAACAGCCUAUUCAUUAGCCGUCGCGCCACAUACAUAGAUCCCUGCACAGCUGCCAUUUUGCCGAGUGAGGUGGAUGUGUAUUAUCGGAGCCUGCUGGAGUUCGUGCAGCACGUAGUUAUCGCGAACUUUGAGCGUGUGCCUCCGCUGACACAUAUGGGGGAUACGAAUCGCGCGGUGGAGGAGAAUGCUCCGCUCUUCCGGCUCUACCCGAACGAGCGUGAACUGCAGCUGCGCAUCCUGCGGGAACUCUCCACCUUCUGUGACAACGCCUUCACGUACAAUAGGGCAUCGCGGGCGGUGUGUGGGUUUCUCCCGCUCUUUGGUACGUCCUCGCAGGCUGCAGCGGAUGGCAUGGGUGUUUCACGUGGCAGCAAGAACACCGCUGACGCCGCGGCGCGAGUCGGCUCCCAGGACGCUAUCGUAGUAACAACGGAACUGCUCAUGAAGCUGCCCCUGCGCUUGCAGUUCUCUGAGAAGGGCAAUUUUAGGGAGCCGCCAGUUGUUUACUUCGUCAAUGCGACGAACAAGACCCCUGAGGAGCGGCUCAACCACGCGUUUCUCUCAAAACUCAUCGUUGACGGCGCCACCGGCGAGAUGCACCGCGGCGCCCUCGCCGCACUUGACAGCUGGAAGGAGCACGGCUCGCUCCUCGAAGUUUUGUCGGAGCUGCAGAAGGUUGUGACGUCGCUGCUCCUGCAGUACUGCAGAGUAGCUGACUUAAAGCCACCGCUGAUGCAUAAUGCUGCGUCUGGUGCUCUCAUGCGAAGACCCCAUUCCUGUCCUCCUCCUCACCCUGCCACUGCUGCACAAAGCGGGCAGUGGAGUGGCUCGCGGACCAGCACGACUGGGAGCGAUUGUGACGCGGAUUGGCUUCUCGUCGUGCACUCAGCGGCGGGAAGCGAUGCCUCAUCCAAAGGCGCAUUUUCAGCGGCACCAAAGCCCAAUUCAGAUGAGAAGAACAUUGGGGCUAAAUGCGUCAUUUGCCUAGAGGCAGAAAAAAAUAUCCUGCUGCUGCCCUGCCGUCACCUUGUGCUGUGUCGCGAGUGCAGUCUGCGCUACAAGGACCGCCUCGGGGAUGGGAUGCUGUGCCCCACCUGCCGCACGCCGAUCACACAGCUCAUUGAGAUAUAUGUGUAG